ACUUCUGUUUCUGAGGUACACCUUUGCAGGAGAGCAUAACGGAUUAACGGGUGGCUCUGAAACCGGAUGAGCUGAAUAUAUCCAUCAAGUGAACUCCCCACUUACUACUUACUAGUUACUUCCCCCGCCCCAUAAUUUUGCAGAAGAUAUCAAACUCACCAUUGGGUUUCUAGGUUUUUUUCCCCGGUGAGUUUAUUUAUGUUUCCUUCGCAUGGUGCCCUUCGAUGUAUGAAAAAGCUUCGACUUUUUGUGGGCAUUUCAGCUAGUAGCACCAUUUCAAGGUCCUCUAAGAUUUUCUCCAGUUACAUACACUGCCUUGAAGAAUCGAGACGGAAGAAACCCCAUAGGCUAGCUAAAUCUGUGAAGUCAGUCAACAAAUAUGAAAACUCGGAGAAGGUUAAUGUUUACAUGAGGGAUUUAGUAACUAGAAUAUCAAAUAUAUUGAGAUACUCAACUUGGGAUUCUGCUCAAGGGCAUUUAGAAAAGCUUCCAGUAAAAAAAUGGGAUUCAUAUACUGUCAACCAGGUUCUCAAGACUCAUCCGCCAAUGGAGAAGGCUUGGCUGUUUUUCAAUUGGGCCUCCAAGCUCACAGGGUUUAAGCAUGACCAGUAUACAUACACGACUAUGCUGGAUAUAUUUGGGGAAGCUGGGAGGGUUUCGUCAAUGAUGUAUCUUUUCAGCCAAAUGAAAGAAAAAUGCAUCAAGAUUGAUGUGGUUACCUAUACAUCUAUUCUGCAUUGGCUCUCCAACAUUGGGGAUGUUGAAGGGGCUAUGAAGCUUUGGAAGGAGAUGAGAGAGAAGGGCUGCUGUCCUACUGUCGUCUCCUAUACAGCAUACAUGAAAGUUUUGUUUGACCACAAGCUUGUUAGGGAGGGUGCUGAGGUGUACAAAGAGAUGAUUCAAUCCGGUUGUUCUCCCAAUUGCCACACAUACACAAUCCUUAUGGAGCAUUUAGCCGUCACAGGAAAGUUUGAUAAAGUUGUAGAUAUCUUUAAUAAAAUGCAAGAAGCAGGGGUACAACCAGACAAAGCUACAUGCAAUAUUUUGAUUGAGAAAUGCUGCAAAGCAAGGGAAACAAGGACCAUGAGGAAAAUUCUUGAGUACAUGAAAAAUAACUCUCUUGUCCUUCGUUACUCAGUGUAUCAGGAGGCUCUUGAAAUAUUAAAUAUGUCAGGCGUGAGCGAUGUUAUUCUUCUUAAGCAAGUUAACCGUCACUUUUCAUCAUAUCAUUGCAAUCAGGAGGUGCAGCCAUUUGAAUCUAAUUCCACUACUAUGGAUGUCAGAUUCAAGUUUGAAGAAAAACUUGUCAUGUAUUUGUUGAACAAGCAUAACUUGAUAGCCAUUGAUCAUGUGAUAACUGAUUUGCUGGGGAAAUGCUUUGGAUUGGACUCUGGAAUCAUCUCAAGUAUUAUUGAGGCAAAUUGUAACUGUGGGAGACAAAAUGGGGCUUUAUUAGCAUUUGAUUUCUGCAAAAAACUUGGCAUAGACAUUGAGAAAACCACAUAUCUAACUUUAAUCGGUGUACUUGUCAGACAAAAUUCUUUUCAGAGAAUAGUUGAGGUUAUUGAAGCAAUUUUAGGUGCUGGACAAACUUUGGGUUCACAACUUAGCGCUCUUCUAAUACAAAGGCUUGGCUGUUCAAAUGGCCAUGCUUUUGCUGAGAAGGUAUUUUGCCUGCUGCCUUAUGAAGAAAAAUGCACUGUUGUUUACACUAGUCUAAUCCGUGCUUACUUCUCGUCUGCUAAUGCUAACAAAGGACUUGAAACAUUUGAAAUGAUGAAAAAGGAAGGGAUAAAUGUUGCUUUAGGAACAUACUCCGUCCUAUUAAAUGGCCUUGAAGAAAAUGGCAGAGCUGGUGAGCUAGAAAUCUACAGGAAGGAAAAGAAAAUCUUGGAAGCUGAGUACCAUAACAAAGAGCUUACAAAGGAGGAAAGACUAUGUGACAUAAUAUUUGGUGGUUUGAGAGUGUAGGAUGUGUGGUAUGUGGAAAUCAAAAGUUAAAACAUGCUUUCUCUAUUGGAAUUUGCGCGAAGCUAAUAUGAAAUCUUCACAGGAACAACCUUUCUACUACUUGGGAUAGAUGUAACUAUGUAAGGUGUGAAUAGAUCUCAUCCUCCUCGGGACCUACAUCCAAGUAGGACAUAUUGGAAGAGUUCUUAAAGGAAAUUUAUUCUGUCUCAAACAAUUGGAGGAAUCAAAGUGGAGCCCUAUAGCAUGGGCAUCAUGCCUGGAAGAAGAGAUAAAAAGAGAUGAGUUGAGACAUUCAGCAGACGGAUGUACAUAUCCAUAGCCAAUUCCGGUGACGGAGUUGCAGUAGACCUCGGCAGUGCCAUCUCUAGUCUCCAGGUUAAUGUUGUUCAACACAAUGUUUCUACAAGGGCUGUCUCCUGGGGAAGAAACUUUUACGUCAGAGACACGCACAGAUUCUGACCGAGAUAUGGUGAAGUGCAUCUGUUGGCUGUUCUGAAUUAGGCUGCCCACCAUUUUCUUCCAGAGCCAUCAAGAACCCCUUUUCCUUGGAAUGUGACUGCUUGCAAGUUUGAGAAAGCAAGCCAAACUCUUGGGUUUUUUGCAUCCCAGUUUUCAGGCUCAUCCGGUGCUACAAUUGUUCCUUCAAUCUGUUUCGAGCAUCUCCAAUCAUUUUAUGAACCAUUCCAUAAAAAAGGUGUUCAAAAUAGAAAAAUGAUGGAUUUUUUUGGGUGCAACCUGGACUAUUAAGUUGCGCACACAAGGACCUUUAAAUCUCGUGGCAUUGACCAGGUAACGGCGAUCUGAUGGAACCAAGAGGACUGAUUGUUCUGCAGAACAAGCUUGUGUCCAUGCGUCUGUGAACGCCUGGUAUGUUGUAAAAACCAAUACGGUUUGAAGUUAGCUUAGUUACCAUAGAGCUGCAUUUUGACUACAAUUUCAUCACUAGAAGUGUAGAAAGAAUCUAUAAAUUAUUUUUUGUGAAUGCAAAAAUCACCCAACUCAUCCUAUUGAUGUUCAGCUGGUUGCUGCAGAAAUAUAAAAUGCAACUAAUAUCGGAC